AAAAUUCCUGAGCAAAGUUUUUUUCCCUUUUUUUUUGUCUGUAUUUGAGCAGCCCCUCUCCAUGCUGCCUCCGAGCUGCUCUUAUUACUGCUCACUUCCUGAAAGGAGACUUCUUAGCAAAGGCUCUUGCUCCAGCGCUGCCUGGGUCUGACAGAAGAAGGGUAUUGAGGAAGGCGACAUAAACCCUCAGCCUGGAAACUUUCUGACACACGGGGGGAGAGGGAAGCUUUGACUGCUGCUGGGGAAAAGAAGAAGAAAAAGGCUCAAAGAAUUAAAAGGGGAAAAGAAGAAAGAAGGGAAAACACUCGGAAAGGGGCAAUGCCACCGAGAACCUGGGGUUCACACUAGCCCAUGCUGACCCCGCACAGCACACGGCAAAGACACCGUUGGCUUGGCUGCUUUGGGAGAGCACGGAGCGGCCGAGGAUGCCUGCGGAGGGACCGAGGACUCCUGUCUCUACAUAAGCAGUGGCCGAGGGAGAGACAUGUUGGGACAGCGCCGUUUCAGCUGGCACAAUACUCCCUGCACUGAGACAAGCAUCGCUAACCAUGGCAAUAGCUUGGAGGCUUCUCACAUGGACUGUCAUCUUCACUGCAGCUCUGUGCAACGUUCCCGGCUACACCUUCCAGUCACAAGAGGAGUUCCUCUCCAGCCUGGAUCACUAUGAAAUCGCCUUCCCCAUCCAAGUGGACCAAAACGGGGACUUCCUCACCUUUGAUGUGAGAAGCCAGUUGAAGCAGCGUCCUCGGCGCAGCCUGGGCUCCUUGCCCUACGAGCCAUCUGAGCAGCAGGUCUUCUACAAAGUCUCUGCCCACCGAACCCAGUUCCUCCUCAACCUGACCCUGCACUCCAACCUGCUGGCUGAGCACUUCACUGUGGAAUACUGGAAGCGAGAUGGUGUGGACUGGCAGCAUGAUUUCCAUGAGGACUGCCACUACGCAGGACAUUUGCAGGAUCAGUAUCUGAACUCAAAGGUCGCCAUCAGCAACUGCAAUGGACUGCAUGGGGUGAUCGUCGCAGAUGAGGAGGAGUAUUUCAUUGAGCCAUUGAGCCCGGGAGCCAACGUCAGUGCAGGGACUGAGGGCAAGGGCAGCCCCCACGUCGUGUACAAGCGGUCGUCUCUCCAGUACCCACACAUGGAUGCAGCCUGUGGCGUGCUAGAUGAGAAGCCUUGGAAAGGGAGGCACUGGUGGCUGCGGACACUGAAGCCUUCCCCGCUGAAGCCCUCGGGCAACCACAGCCAGCGUGGCCAACUGCCCCUGAAGAGAUCUGUCAGCACAGAGCGCUAUGUGGAGACCCUGGUGGUGGCUGACAAGAUGAUGGUCGGGUACCACGGGCGGCGCGACAUCGAGCAGUACAUCCUGGCCAUCAUGAAUAUUGUUGCCAAACUUUUCCAGGACUCGAGUCUGGGCAAUAUUGUCAAUAUCCUGGUGACCCGGCUGAUUCUCCUCACUGAGGAUCAGCCCACACUAGAGAUUAACCACCAUGCUGGGAAAUCCUUGGACAGCUUCUGCAAGUGGCAGAAAUCCAUUGUGAACAGGAAUGGCAAUGGGAAUGCUAUCCCCGAGAAUGGCAUAGCCAACCAUGACACCGCAGUGCUGAUCACCAGGUAUGACAUUUGCAUCUACAAGAACAAGCCAUGCGGCACGCUGGGCUUGGCCCCUGUUGGUGGGAUGUGUGAACGAGAACGAAGCUGCAGCAUCAAUGAGGACAUUGGUCUGGCCACAGCUUUCACCAUUGCCCAUGAGAUUGGCCACACGUUUGGCAUGAAUCACGAUGGGGUCGGCAACAGCUGUGGCUCCCGUGGGCAAGAAACAGCCAAGCUGAUGGCUGCUCACAUCACCAUGAAGACCAACCCAUUUGUAUGGUCCACGUGCAGCAGGGAUUACAUCACCAGCUUCCUGGACUCCGGGAUGGGAUUAUGCCUGAACAAUGCUCCUCCCAAGCAAGACUUUAUCUACCCAACAGUGGCUCCAGGACAGGCCUAUGAUGCAGACGAGCAGUGCCGUUUCCAGUACGGAGUUAAAUCUCGCCAGUGUAAAUACGGGGAAGUCUGCAGUGAGUUAUGGUGUCUGAGCAAAAGCAACCGCUGCAUAACCAACAGCAUCCCUGCUGCGGAGGGGACCAUCUGCCAAACCAACACCAUUGAAAAGGGGUGGUGCUACAAGAGGGAGUGCGUGCCCUUUGGCACCAGGCCGGAGGGUGUGGAUGGUGCCUGGGGAUCCUGGUCAUCCUGGGGGGAAUGCAGCAGGACAUGCGGCGGAGGUGUAUCCUCAUCCAUUCGCCACUGUGACAGCCCACGGCCCACGAUCGGAGGGAAGUACUGCCUGGGAGAGCGGAAGCGGUACCGGUCCUGCAACACCGAUGACUGCCCGCCCGGCUCCCAGGACUUCCGAGAGCUGCAGUGUGCCGAGUUCGACAACGUCCCCUUCCGAGGGAAGUACUACACCUGGAGGACGUACCGCGGAGGGGGUGUUAAAGCCUGUUCCCUCAACUGCCUGGCCGAGGGUUUCAACUUCUACACAGAGCGAGCAGCAGCCGUGGUGGACGGGACUCCCUGCAGGCAGGACUCCAAUGACAUCUGCGUCAAUGGGGAGUGCAAGCACGUGGGCUGUGACCGUGUCCUGGGCUCUGACUCCAAGGAGGACAAAUGUCGUGUGUGUGGUGGAGACGGCAGCUCCUGUGAGACCAUUGAGGGUGUCUUCAACCAGUCCCUGCCAGAGGGAGGUUACGAGGAGGUGAUCCAGAUUCCCAAAGGCUCUGUCCACAUCGACAUCCGGGAGCUGAACCUCUCCAUCAACUACCUAGCACUGAGAGGGGAGAGCGGUGACUAUUACAUCAAUGGGAAGCUCUCCAUCGACCCACCACGGCGCUUUGACAUCGCAGGCACAACAUUCCACUACAGGAGAUCCCCAGAUGAGCCUGAGUCCCUGGAAGCCUUGGGACCCACCAACGUCACCCUCUUUGUCAUGGUCCUCGUACGGACAGAGCUGCAGGGGAUCCGGUACAAGUUCAACGCACCCAUCGGCAGGGAUGCCUCCAACAAGUAUUCCUGGCACUACACUCCAUGGACAAAAUGCUCAGUGCUGUGUGCUGGGGGCAGCCAGAUCCAAUCUGUGGUGUGCAGGAAGCUUUCUGAUGGCUCAACUGUCUCCAACCACUUCUGUAGCCCUGAAGCCAAAAUGCCCGAGCGGCAGCGGCCGUGCAAUGUGGAACCGUGCCCUCCAGCCUGGGUGAUUGGGAACUGGUCUGAAUGCAGCCGAAGCUGCAACGAAGGCGUCCGCACACGCAGUGUCUUCUGCAAGCGUAAGAUCUCUGCCACUGAGGAGAAGACUUUGGAUGAUGCUUCCUGCAUCCAUCCACGGCCGAAGAUGCUGGAGCCAUGCAAUAACCAGACGUGCCCUCCAGAGUGGGUUGCCCUAGACUGGUCUGAGUGCACCCCAAGCUGCGGGCCCGGCUUCCGCCAUCGCAUCGUCCUCUGCAAGAGCGGUGACCAUGGCACAACUCUGCCCCCAUCCCAGUGCCAUGAAGGCUCCAAGCCCCCGAGCAGCAUGAGGUGCAACCUGCGGCGCUGCCCACCUCCGCGCUGGGUCACCGGCGAGUGGGGAGAGUGCUCUGCACAGUGUGGCCUCGGCCAGCAAAGAAGAUCCGUCCAGUGCCUGGCUCAUACUGGGCAGCCGUCCAGUGACUGCGUGGACACCCUGCAGCCUCCCAGCAUGCAGCAGUGUGAGACCAAGUGUGAAUCAGGACCUACAGACAACCCUGAAGAAUGCAAGGAUGUGAACAAGGUGGCCUACUGCCCGCUGGUCCUCAAGUUCAAGUUCUGCAGCCGGACCUACUUCCGACAGAUGUGCUGUAAAACAUGCCAGGGGCACUAGGGACCCUGCGUGCCCCCCGUGGGAUAACUGGAAGGCAAAAGCCCUGCCGAAGGGCCACCAAGCCGUGCCCUUCCUCCUCCGUCCCGGCAACCUCCAACACAGACACUGGUCGUGCUUCCAGCGGGAGCCGGUGUCACCCAAACCCGUCCCCUAAAGACACGCACCCUUCGCCCCUGAGCUUCCCAAUGGCAGGUUCCCAGUUAAAUCCCUGCCAGCCACCAACUGGGGUGACAGGAGCCGGCCGAUGGGCGCUGGGAGAAGCUGGGCCCAGCGCAGCAGCGAGGACGUUACUUGAAAUUCUGACUUGUUAUUUAUUAGUAGCAGAGCCAGGUCCUGCAGCCACCCCAGAGGCACUGCUCACCCCGCUCCUGCCUCAUCCCGUUCCUUGCCCGUGUCCCAAGGGCAUCUGGUCUGCAAUGGAGCAUCCCCAGGGAUGCAGUGGGAAUGCCAGGGGAGAGAGGAGGUUUGAGGUGCCACAGGUGAUGAGUGUGGCUUGUGGCUGCUGGGUGAUGGAUGAAGAUGGGCUGCGGUGGGGAAUGGGGUUGGAGCACUUUGCAUCCUGUCACCUUGGGACAUGCAGGAGGGGACAGAGAGCAGGUCACUCAGUGAGCAGUGGUGACACCAGUUUAACUGGGAGGGGGGAUUAUUCAAACUCCCGUACUUGGAUUGGGAUGUCCCCCUGGUUUUCCUUAAAGCCUUGUCACUAUUAUGACAAUUUAUUGCAGAAACACCCCAAAGCAUGAGCUGAGGUGAGGGCCAAGGCGUGCUUGGGGUUGCACCAAUGACACUCUGGCCUGCAGGAAGCAAAGCAAAGGAGGAUGCAGGACAAGAACUGUCUUGGUCACAGUGUCCCUAUUGCUGAGCCGUGACUCAGGACCAGUCUGCCUGGUCCUGGCUGGUCUCUCCCCAUGGCUGCUUUGCCUCCAGAGGUGCUUCACUUCCAAAGGUGCUUUGCCUCCAAAAGGUGCUUUGCCUCCAAAGGCAGCCUCGCCACACACUGCUGUGGCCUUGGGGUGCUGGUCCCAGUGCCACCAGCUCCUCUGCCCUCAGGAGACCUCCACUGAUGGGGAAAGAGCAGGCUUGGGAUUCCUUCAGGUCAUCUCCUGGCCCAUGUCUCCUCCAUAAGCCACCACAGCCUGUGGAGGACACUUGAGAUUCAAACUGACAAAACAUACACUUUUUGUUAUCAUUGUUAUUAUUUUCAGGCCUUUCUACAUCACAAAGAGGGGGAAGUCUUGACCAAAGCCAUGUUCUGUUCCCCUGGGGGGUCAUCCAUACGCUGUGGGGAGGUGGACAACCCUUCGUCCCCAGGGCAAACCUCUCCACCCAUCCGGUCCCCAUGUGUUAUCUCCCAUCUGUAUCUUCACCCGCUCGUCAGCCUCUCUGGUGCUCAGCAAAACCCUGUUUGGCUGCCAAGUGGGCCUUCAUUUGUGUUCCUUCCUGGUGCCAUGCUCCGUUCUGACAUGUUGGGGAGGGGAGGGGGUGUUUUCACCUUUUAUAUAGAUAUAUAUAUAAUGACAAAUGUUUAACAUACUAACUCUGAGGAGGAGCGACGUAACGGCAUGAUUUAUAAUAAAGGAGUAGCUACGA